GGUUGGAAAUUUGCCCAAACUUUAAUAUUCUUAUAGCUUAACAUAAAUGCAUCCUCCCGGUUAACGCCCCAAAAAAAAGAAAGAAACUUUGAGCAUUGGCAGGGCAGCUGAAGGGGUUGAACUUGAAUUACGAGACAAGAGGCUCAUGGAUUCCAACAAAACUGGAGACAGAUAUUUAAGACUUGAAACCCUAGCCCAAGAGCUUCGUGUAUACAAAGAAAAACAGUAUGAGAUCCCAAGAAGUGAAGGAGAACCGACUUCUCAAGACUCUAAUUUAUCUUUAACCAAGAGAGCAGCAGUUCUUGUCUGCAUUUUUGAAGGAGACGAUGGCGAUCUCCGUGUUAUCCUCACCAAACGCUCCUCAACUCUUUCUUUAAACUCUGGUGAUGUGGCACUGCCCGGUGGGAAAAGAGACGAAACCGAUGCUGAUGAUGUAGCAACAGCCUUGAGAGAGGCUAAGGAGGAGAUUGGUUUGGACCCUUCUCUUGUUAAUGUUGUUACAGUUCUUCAACCCUUUGUUACUAAGAGCUGGUCCUAUGUGCAGAUUGGAAUGGCAGUAGUUCCUGUCAUUGGUAUACUUUCUGAAAGGAAAGCUUUCAUUCCGGCUUUAAGUGCAGAUGAAGUAGAAGCAAUAUUUGAUGCCCCCUUGGAAAUAUUUCUCAAGGAUGAGAACAGGAGACAAGUAGAGAGAGAAUGGAUGGGUGACAAAUAUUUACUCCAUUUCUUUGACCAUGAAGCAGAGGGCAAACAGUACAUAAUAUGGGCAUUAACUGCUGGAAUCUUGAUCAAAGUUGCAUCAAUUGUGUUCCAACGCCCACCUGCAUUUUCUGAGAGGAGGCCUAAAUUCUGGAAUAGAAUUUUGUGUUUAAAAGGUGUAGAAUUGUAGCAUUUCUUUGUAGUUGACAGUUGACAGUUGCAUUGUUCUAAUGAAUUGCUGAAGAAAAUGGCUGUAUCAAGAAACAAACAGAAUAAAUGGAAACAAUGAAGAUUAUGGAUUUCCAAUUCUAGUAA